GCAGGCAUUUGCUUGGAAGGAGAACUUGGGAUCUUUCUGGGAACCCCCCGCCCCGGCUGGAUUGGCCGAGCAAGCCUGGAAAAUGGUAAAUGAUCAUUUGGAUCAAUUACAGGCUUUUAGCUGGCUUGUCUGUCAUAAUUCAUGAUUCGGGGCUGGGAAAAAGCCCAACAGCCUACGUGCCAAAAAAGGGGCAGAGUUUGAUGGAGUUGGGUGGACUUUUCUAUGCCAUUUGCCUCCUCACCUAGAGGAUAAGCACUUUUGCAGACAUUCGGUGCAGGGGAGAUCAUGUUUGACUGUAUGGAUGUUCUGUCAGUGAGUCCUGGGCAAAUCCUGGAUUUCUACACUGCGAGUCCGUCUUCCUGCAUGCUCCAGGAGAAAGCUCUCAAAGCAUGCUUCAGUGGAUUGACUCAAACCGAAUGGCAGCAUCGGCACACUGCUCAAUCGAUUGAAACACAGAGCACCAGCUCUGAGGAACUCGUCCCGAGCCCUCCAUCUCCACUUCCUCCCCCUCGAGUGUACAAACCCUGCUUCGUCUGCCAGGACAAAUCAUCAGGCUACCACUAUGGGGUCAGCGCCUGUGAGGGGUGUAAGGGGUUCUUCCGCAGAAGUAUUCAGAAGAACAUGAUUUACACUUGUCACAGAGAUAAGAACUGUGUUAUUAAUAAAGUCACCAGGAAUCGAUGCCAGUACUGUCGACUCCAGAAGUGCUUUGAAGUGGGAAUGUCCAAAGAAUCUGUCAGGAAUGACAGGAACAAGAAAAAGAAGGAGCCUUCCAAGCAAGAAUGCACAGAAAGCUAUGAAAUGACCGCUGAGCUGGACGAUCUCACCGAGAAGAUCCGGAAAGCUCACCAGGAAACCUUCCCUUCACUCUGCCAGCUGGGCAAGUACACCACGAACUCCAGUGCAGACCAUCGAGUCCGACUGGACCUGGGCCUCUGGGACAAGUUCAGUGAACUGGCCACCAAGUGCAUUAUUAAGAUCGUGGAGUUUGCUAAACGCCUGCCAGGCUUCACCGGCUUGACCAUCGCAGACCAAAUCACCCUGCUGAAGGCCGCCUGCCUGGACAUCCUGAUUCUUAGAAUUUGUACCAGGUAUACCCCAGAGCAAGACACCAUGACUUUUUCAGAUGGCCUUACCCUCAAUCGAACUCAAAUGCACAAUGCCGGCUUCGGUCCUCUGACUGACCUUGUGUUCACCUUUGCCAACCAGCUCCUGCCUUUGGAAAUGGAUGACACUGAAACAGGCCUUCUCAGUGCCAUCUGCCUCAUCUGUGGAGACCGCCAGGACCUUGAGGAACCAACAAAAGUAGAUAAGCUACAGGAACCAUUGCUGGAAGCACUAAAAAUUUAUAUCAGGAAAAGACGACCCAGCAAGCCUCACAUGUUUCCAAAGAUCUUAAUGAAAAUCACAGAUCUCCGCAGCAUCAGUGCGAAAGGUGCAGAACGUGUAAUUACCUUGAAAAUGGAAAUUCCUGGAUCAAUGCCACCUCUUAUUCAGGAGAUGCUGGAGAAUUCCGAAGGACAUGAACCCUUGACCCCAAGCUCCAGUGGAAACACAGCAGAGCACAGUCCCAGCAUCUCCCCCAGCUCCGUGGAAACCAGCGGGGUCAGCCAGUCACCUCUGGUGCAAUAAGACAUUUUCCAGCUACUUCAAACAUUCCCCAGUACCUUCAGUUCCGGGAUUUAAAAAUGCAAGAAAAGAAGAAAACCAUUUUUACUGCUGCUUAGUUUUUGGACUGAAAAUAUAUUAAAACUCAAGAAGGACCAAGACGUUUUCAUAUGUAUCAAUAUAUAUAUAUAUAUCAAUAUAUAUAUAUAUAUACUCCUCACUCUAAGUUACCUAGAAAUACAAACUUUUCAAAUUCUAAAAAUCAGCCAUUUCAUGCAACCAGAAACUAGUUAAGAGCUUCUAUUUUCCUCUUCGAACACUCAAGAUUGCAUGGUAAAGAACCAGUUCAAAUGAGUUGCCCUGGUUAAGUUUCUGAAGACUUUGUACAUACAAGUAUUGGCUCUGUUCUUUCUCUACUGUAUGUUUGGUGCUUUCCUUUUGUUUUGCAUACUCCAAAUAACCAAGACAUCAAGGUUAUGAAAUAGACUACUGUACCUGUCCACCUAAGAAAGGUUCCAAAAGAUGACUGUCUUGCUUUCAUGGAAUAAUCAAGACACCCAGGUAAGGAAACAGGACUGCUGUACAGUAUGACAGAAGACUAGAGAGAUUCUGAUUUAGUUAGUGCGGAAGCUUGUCCUUGCUCCUUUUCGAUGUUCUCAAACUGCCUCUUUUAUUUCAUGUUGCCCAGUAAGAGUAAACAAAUUCACUGCACUAGCAGAAGAGAACUCUGGAUAACUGCAGUUCAGUUGAGCAAAUGUCAUUCAUUCAAUUCUUGUCACUUUAAAUAAAAAGUGGUUUAUUACUUGUUUAAUGACAUAACUACACAGUGGGAAAAAAAAGAAAAAAAAAUACUACAUUUUUACAGUGAUGAUAGCCUUCAAGGCAGAGACACUUUUCAGUGUUAGUAAGUUUUUGUUUACCUGUUCACAAGCCAUUAGGGAAAAUU